AUGUAUGUUGGAUUCUCUACUGGCAUUCAAAAGCUAGAAAGCAACCACUAUAUCUUGGCAUGGAGCUUCAUGAUGGACGGAAAAGCACCAGAAUUGGACCUCUCACGCCGUCCUUCUAUUCCUCAAGAUUGUACUCCACUAUGGAAGUCUUUUAAGUUGUUCCUUUUCAUUUUUGCUGCAUUAGUGGACCUGUUAUUUCUCAUCAACAUGGUUGGCAUAUCUUAUUUGACAAAGAGGAAGAGGAAGCUCAUGUCUGAGAAUAUAGAAGGAUGGGAGAUGGACUCUCCACACAGGCUCCCCUACAGGAAAAUCUACAGGGCAACUAAAGGUUGCAGGGAAGAGAUGGGGAAAGGAGGCUUUGGUAGUGUCUACAAAGGUGUGCUGCCCAUAAGCAGAAUCGAGGUUGCAGUGAAGAGAGUCUCACAUGGUUCAAAGCAAGGGAUGAGGGAAUUUGUGGCAGAAGUGUCAAGCUUGGGGAGGACAAGGCAUAGAAACCUGAUCCAAUUGCAUGGUUGGUGUAGACGAGGCAAUGAUCUACUCCUGGUUUAUGAGUUCAUACUGAAUGGGAGUCUAGACUGUCAUCUUUUUGAGAUGGAAGGGAGCAGGUUGAGUUGGGCACAGAGGUUAAAGAUUAGAAAGGUAAUUGCUUGUGGCUUGCUGUAUCUUCAUGAAGAGUGGGAGCAAGUCAUCAUGCAUAGAGAUGUUAAAGCAAGUAACAUUUUGUUGGAUGGUGAUCUAAAUGGCAAGUUGGGUGAUUUUGGGCUUGCCAAACUGUAUGACCAUGGUACCAAUCCCAAGAAUACCCAUGUCGUUGGUAGUCUAGGUUACAUGGCGUCGGAGCUCUCUCGCACCAGCAAAUCAAAGAUGAGCUCUGAUGUGUACUCAUAUGGUUCCUUGCUCCUGGAGGUGGCCUGUGGAAGGAGGCUGAUUGAGCCCAGAAGACCUUCUGAGGAGAUGAUUCUAGUGGAGUUGGUCCACUCUCUGUGGAAAGGUGGACGAGUACUGGAUGCCAGGGAUAAAAGGCUCGGAACGAGCUAUGUGGAGGAGAAAGUAGAGCAGUGGUGUAGUGACAUGGUGGCUGGUGUGACUGCACCUGAAUCAAGGCCAAACAUGCGGCAAUUGACUCAGUCUCUUAAUGGCAAACUUAGUCUCAUACGAAAAGGCAUUGUAAACCUCAGGAAACUCAGGCCCAUACAGGAAGGUGUCAUCUGCUCCCGCAAGGGUAACACUGGCAUGUGA